GAGAGGUUCGGUUUAGGCUCGAGCAAGUUGAGCUCUUUACCAUUUCGUUUUCCUUCAUUUCCUACAAAAGCAUCAUUCCUUUCUCUCUGUAUCUCCUUCACCUCCGGCUAAAUCUCCGGCGAAGGAUCCGUCCUUAGAGCUUGAUGUUACGUCUUCCUCCUCCACCUACUUGGCGUGAAAGCUGAUUGAGAGACUAGUUUUGUUUGAUUAAAAAGAUUCAAUUUUUAUUUCAAGUAUGCAACCUAGUGGGUUGAAAGAAACCCAACUCAACAACAACAACAACAACCAGAAGGUUCAUCCACAACCAAUGGAACAACAACAAUCUAUCAACCAAAACCCUGAAGCUAUGGAAGCUCUCAUCUCCAACCUCUUCGGCAACAUCUCCUCCUUAAAAUCCGCUUACAUCCAGCUCCAAUCCGCUCACACUCCUUACGACCCCGACAAGAUCCAAGAAGCAGACAAGGUCGUCAUCUCCGAGCUCAAGAGCCUCUCCGAACUCAAACACCUCUACAGAGAGAACAACCCCAAGCCUGUCUGCGUCUCUCCGCAAGACUCUCGUUUAGCCGCGGAGAUCCAAGAGCAGCAGAGUCUGCUGAAGACUUACGAGGUCAUGGUGAAGAAGUUCCAGUCCGAGAUUCAGAACAAGGACUCCGAGAUCAAGCAGAUGAUGGAGAAGAUCGAGGAAGCGAAUCAGAAGCGUCUUAAGCUUGAGAAGAAUCUCAAGUUAAGGGGAAUGGGAGAUGGUGGUGGUGGUGGUGGUAUGGAGUUUCCUGACUUGACCGUUGAGCUCUUCAUGUCUAAUUACGAAGCUGCUGCCAAAGCGGUUCAUGACUUCUCCAAGCCGAUGAUCAAUAUGAUGAAAGCGGCGGGGUGGGAUCUUGACUCUGCGGCUGAGUCCAUCGAGCAUGGUGUUGAUUACGCCAAGAGGCCUCACAAGAAGUACGCGUUUGAGUCGUACAUAUGCCAGAGGAUGUUCAGUGGGUUUCAGCAGAGAACUUUCUCAUUAGACUCUGAGAGGACUGCAACAAUGGAUGAUGACGAUGACGACGACGACACUGAGACGUUCUUCCGUCAGUUUCUUUCUCUAAAGGACAUGGAUCCACUAGACGCUCUGUGUGCAAACCCGGAUUCCAACUUUGGCAAGUUCUGCAGGGGGAAGUACCUCGUCUUGAUCCACCCGAAGAUGGAAGCUUCUUUCUUUGGGAACCUGGACCAGCGUGACUACGUGGCGGGAGGCGGACACCCGAGGACAGGGUUUUACCAGGCGUUCUUGAAGCUUGCCAAGUCGGUGUGGAUCUUGCACAGGCUGGCUUACUCUUUUGAUCCGGCUGCAAAGAUCUUCCAAGUGAAGAAGGGUAGUGAGUUCUCUGACUCGUACAUGGAGAGUGUUUUGAAGAAUAUAGUUGUGGAUGAGAAGGGGGAGAGCCCAAGAGUUGGGCUUAUGGUGAUGCCUGGGUUUUGGAUUGGUGGAAGUGUGGUUCAGAGCAGGGUUUAUGUCUCUGGUGUGAAGGUCGUUGAGUGAAGGAGGUUUACUUGUAUUUCAAGAAGAAUAUGAACAACUGUCUUUAAGGCUUCCCACUUUGUUGUGCAACUUUUAGUAUCUACUUGUUAUAAACUAUUCAGAACUCAUAAGCAAAGCAAGAUAUUUAUUAUUA